AUGCAAGGAGGCGCUCCUCCAGCUUCCCAAUUUGUUCGCUUAAAAUAUUAUCCAUUCAACCAUCAGUCGCGCAGCUUGGGAGGCCUUGUUUCUUCUUCCAAGGGAGAAAGAAAGAAACUGCAACGUCAUGUUGGAGAAGUGAAAGACGUACUUCCUUGCCUUGCAUGCAACGAUGGCGAUGCCGAAGGAGAGGAUGAUCGAAUGGAACGUUCCAUAUACGAGGCAAUGGAAACCCUUCCAAGGCUGGAGAAUGACUCCGUAGUCAGGGCCAAUAUUGAUGCUUCGUCGCUACUGGAGACAAAUUCUCCGACCCCCUUCGAGACUAUUCCCAUCCAAGACGAAGGGCUGUGCUUGGUGGCUUUUCCUCUCUCCUUUCUUUUUACCCUUGGAUCAUUCUUGGUCCGUCCCGUAAUGCAAGCGAUGUUGAUAACUCACAUGAGAGAUAAUAGCUGGAGCAGAGAUGAUCCGGGCCAAACUGCAGCCGACCCGUGUUUUCUGGUUGCCCUCGUCAGGAUAAAAUGUAACUCGUCCAUGUACGGGGUACUCCAUACAGAGUAG